AUGUCCGUCAGACCACCCACCUUCUCAAUAUUCUGGCGCCAAUGCCUACAAAGUCCAAUGCGGCCUGGAUUUCAAAUGAACCCAGCAUCAUCCUUUCGCUACUUCAAUUCUAGUGCGCCUCAAUACAAGGCCAAGGGUGUGGCCAGAACUGUCGAUUCCGCGUGGCAGGCCACAAGCCCUUAUGGGAACAAGAACCCCCGCGCCCUUGCGAAGCUGCAAGCGAAAGUAUUACAAGCCGGACAAGUGCUUUUGUUCAAGGCUCCUUCUCAUCGCCCAUAUAUCUUAACUGCAUAUGGUCUGUCCGCGUUUUGCUUCGCCUAUUCCAUCUACAACUCGAAUGCGGUUCUCCGGGAUCCUCUAGUUCCUCUUCCAAUGUGGCAGAAAUCUCUAUUUGGUGGUAUCUGUAUCAUGAUGAGCGUUGGAGGCACCUUGUUCAUCUCCCGCACUGGCUCCCUAGUCAGAAAUAUCAGAGCGAUCAACUCUAAUGGUCGUAUGCGCGUCCUCUUCACAGUCCGAAGCAUGGUCCCUUUCAAGAAGCCUUACCAGGUCGAAGUGGCAUCGGGUGAUCUCUCGUUCAAGCGCAGAAUCUCGGUCUCUCCGGAAACCAUGAAGCGUUACGAGGAAAGUACCAAACUCGGCCGUGGAUUGGAAACUGAGGCAACCUUCGUCAGAACACUGAAAGCCAUGCCUCGCCGAGUUUUCCAGAGCAUGCGGCAGCUUUUCACGAAUGAGGACUUCAUCAUUGUUCAGUUGGCGGGUCACAAGACCCAUUUCCGACUGGACUCUAAUGGAUACAUCUCGGAUGAUCUCCUUCACUUUGGGCGCAUGGUGAACGUGAGGAUGCCAUUCAGAGAUUGA